UUCUGGGGAUUUGACCCCAUGACCUUCUGAGUCAGAGGUGAGGGGGCUGCUCAGUGAGCCAUGGCAGACUGCAGGGAUCAACUGGGAGUCAGUUGGCUCUGCAUGCCUUUUGGGGUUCCAGUGAACCAGUCGACUGUAUGAGCCAUCAUCUGCUGUGAAGAAAUAAAUAUUGUUUACCAGCACCACCCACUUCUGAGUGAUAUUCAAAAGAACCCUCACAAUCUGCUUUGCUGAAAUCCAUUAUCGCACUGAUGAUACCGACUGUCCGUGUGAAUUGGUGUGUGGAGGAGGUGUAAUUAGCAAUGAAUAUUUAGCGGACUGUAAACUGGAGGUUAAGGAUUUUGCCCUGCCUGUGAAUGAUGAUACCAACCCUUGUGGCUUCUUUUCUCUCCAAGAGGGACGGCUACCAUUUCUAACACCAGCAACCCAGAGUUCUUUUUUUUACAUAACCAAUGUGAAUGAGAAGUACCCAUGAGGACGGAGUCAGUUAAUUGGUUUGCCUGGCGAUAAGGGGAUGGACGGCUAUGAGAUUUGAAGACGACAAUGCUUUUCAAUGACCACCUUUGACUAUACUUACGGUCUCAGUGUUGCCCACCAGGUUGGCGCAUUUAACACAAGAGCUCUGGACUGACUUUGUUCAGCAGUGAGCAGCUGUCUGCUAUGGAAUCUGGUCGAACAAGCAGAGACCGAGAGAAGGAGAAAGGGGAAGAUAUUCGGCGACCUAAUAAGCAGACGUCGCGGAGUCCCCAUGGCACUCGUCCUGGCUCAAACCAGUCAUCUGGGGUUCUUAUGGUUGGACCAAACUUCAGGGUUGGCAAAAAGAUUGGAUGUGGAAACUUUGGGGAGCUUCGACUAGGUAAAAAUCUCUACACAAAUGAAUACGUAGCAAUCAAACUGGAGCCCAUUAAGUCACGAGCGCCACAACUUCAUUUAGAAUACAGGUUUUACAAGCAACUUGGGAGCUCAGCUGAAGGAGUUCCUCAAGUUUAUUACUUUGGACCAUGUAGUAAAUAUAAUGCCAUGGUGCUGGAGCUGCUGGGACCAAGUCUGGAGGAUCUGUUUGAUCUGUGUGACCGGACGUUCACACUAAAGACCGUGCUAAUGAUUGCCAUUCAGUUGCUGAACCGAAUGGAGUAUGUUCACUCAAAGAGCUUAAUCUACAGAGACGUCAAGCCGGAAAACUUUCUAAUUGGAAGGCAAGGCAAUAAAAAGGAACACAUAAUCCAUAUAAUAGACUUUGGUUUAGCCAAGGAGUAUGUUGAUCCUGAUACCAAAAAGCACAUCCCCUACAGGGAACACAAGAGCUUAACGGGCACUGCAAGAUACAUGUCCAUCAACACUCACCUGGGCAAAGAGCAAAGCCGCAGAGAUGACUUGGAGGCUUUAGGACACAUGUUUAUGUAUUUUCUACGAGGCAGUCUCCCCUGGCAGGGAUUAAAGGCAGAAACAUUAAAGGAACGCUACCAGAAAAUUGGGGAUACAAAACGAAACACUCCGAUUGAAGUUCUCUGUGAGAGCUUUCCAGAGGAGAUGGCGACGUACCUCCGCUAUGUCAGGAGGUUAGACUUCUUUGAAAAACCAGACUACCAGUAUUUACGCACACUAUUCACAGAUCUUUUUGAAAGAAAGGGCUACGCUUUUGAUUAUGCAUACGACUGGGUUGGCAGGCAAAUACCCACACCAGUUGGACCCAGUCAUGGGGAUCAUGGACUAAACAGAGAAGGCCACACACACCGAGAAAAAGCCACGCAUCAGCAGCCACUCCGAAACCAGACAGGAGGAGCUGACCGCAGAGGAGCAUGGGAAAUUCAGCCUAAUCGGCAACAAAAUCCUUCAUACCUGACUUCCCAGCUGGCGUCAGACAGACACGGGGGCUCAGUCCAGGUGGUCAGCUCAACUAACGGCGAGCUCAACGUCGAUGACCCAACAGCAGCACACUCCAGUGCACCAAUCGCAGCCCAACCAGAGGUGGAACUUUCAGAAGAUACUAACUGCAUCAAAGUGCUCAACAUGUGGUGUUGCUGUUUCUUCAAGAGGAAAAGGAAGAAGAAUGCAGAUAGGCACAAAUGACUGCAGCUUUCGAGGGGCGGCGAGGUUCUGCUUGCAUGUUCAACUCCCUUUGUUUUGGAUGAAAAUGCCACGUGACUGGUUGAGAAGCUUCAGACUCUGAUCCUUGUUUUGUAUGAUUAUUAUUUUUUUGCCUGUGCCUGCGUGUUCUCCGCUGGGAAAGGAUCCUCUUAUUUUCCUUCAAAACACUCAGGCUCAAUUGCACUUCUUACCAUGAUGACCAAAUUCCCACAAGAGAAAUGGCCAGACAGACGCAGAUGCAGAAGUCCUCAGGCUUUUCACUUUUCCUGGCUGCGGUUUAGGGCGGACGGGGGUGUGGGAGAAGUGUGGUUUGGAGGAGGUGGGGAUGGGGUGGGGGGAGGGGGUAAGGUGGUGAGGAAACUGGGUGAUCGGCACCUCUUCCACACCACCACAAAUCGAGAUGAACAGUGUGGUGAAACACUCGCUCUGGGUACAAAUAGACUCUUCAGUGCCGAGCUGCCCACCCAGAGGAACGAGGAGUAAGCCAAACUGACAUGGGCAGAUACAGGUGCACUUGUCGCAAAAAAAAAACAAAGUGGUUGUUCUAUUUUGUGAUGUAGCAUAUAAGCUGUGAGAAAUUUUAAAAUCUACUGUUUUUCCCUUCCUCCACUUCCCUCUUCCCCUUCACUGUUCAAACUUUUCUUGACCUUGUUUGCAACUUUUGGGCUUUGGCCGUUGUAAGCCGGCUGAAGUAAUUUUUACGAAAAGAGAUGGGCUCUUUUGCUUUCUUAAGGUGCACUUAAUGUUGGGGUGGGUGCGCGCGUGUGUGUGAAUGUGCGUGUGUGUGUGUGUCUAUGUUGCUGACAUCCAGAUUCGAUCAAAUGCAGUGUGAAUUGUGAACACACACUGGCUGCUGCAGUAAUUUCCAAGCCAGUACUGCCACUUUUAAACAUGUUUUUUUUAGUUGAAAUGUUUGAUGGUUAUUAUCCAAAGAGCACUGUUUCUGUGGAAACAUUACAAAGUGAAAACAGCAUUAAUUUCCUUCCUGUCCUCCUCCUCCUCCUCCUCGCCUUUCUCUCUCUGUCUCUCCCCUCCCCUAAGAGUUGGCACGUAGGAUGCCUACAAAUGUCACUGACAUCUGAUCUAAGGGCGACUGCAUAGCAGUUGCCAAAGUGAAUAGACAGCAUAUUUAUGUACGCUUUGGGCAAUUUUCACAGGGCACAAAGGAAGAUAGUUAGGAGCACUGCAUGUGGUGAUGUCAUCCUCGAGGACAGACUCUUCUGACUCUGGCCAGGUGGCCUGGAGCUUUUUCCUGACCUGUCUCCCUUGUUGUGGUUGUAGGAUUUGCUCAUCUUCAUAGGGUCCGAAUGAGUGGCAUUCUUUUCAUAACAUGCAAGCAGCAACUUGAAAAGGAUUGAAUGCAUUGGGAUUGUAGGAAAUGCUCCCAGUGUUUUGACCGAAUGGGUGGGAGAGCUGCGAGGUGCAGGGUUGUGUGGUUGGGGUUUGUUUGGUCAGCAUGAAGGGUGGGUGGGGUUUACAGAGGAAUUCCCCUCUGUGACAUAUUCAGAAAUUGGAUCCUUAAGCAACUCCUAACCUGCUGGCCAGUGACUGCGGAGAUUCCUGCUUGAGGUAGCUGUAUCCUCAGGAAGCUGCAAAGUGCCUGUGGCUUUACUUACCCUCCUCAUGCUGCGGCUGAAACCCAAAGGCUGGGCACCGGAGAUGAGUUCAUGGAGAUUAACCAUUUUGCCCGAAGUGAUUCCCCAGUUCUCCCGUGGGUUAGAUAGCUGGGUUGAGGCAAAUUGAGCAAUGGAGAUGUUAGCACUGCAUCCCAGCUACAUGUCUGGACACAACACCAGAGGGUCUGAGUAUGGUUAAAUGACCAGAAUUAACUAACCGUACCAUAACUAAUGCCCCAAGUACAGUUCAGUUAAGUUUCUAUAGCAAUGCGAACUGAACCAAAGUACUUCCGAAUGCGGUGAAUCUCAUCCACGUCUGGAUCAUCCUACUCAAAUCAUUUGACAUCAUUGAGCCCUGGUUUUUACCUCUGAAAUCUAUGGAUUGAAGUGAUGCAAUGUUACUCUGGACAUUCCUGCUCACAUAUUCCAAAUGAUCCUGAAGAGGUGUCUGUAGGAGAGUCCUUCCUUGGGCGUUUGCAUGUGUCUUAAAGGUUCAUUAUCUGCAGUUAUCUUAGUUCGCAACAGGCUCUGUACCAGGUACAUGAAAGAUUUUACUUGGGGCAAUCAGUAACUUCAGUGACAAGAAAAUUCUCCUGAACAUCCAGUAGACUGUUAAUUGGCUGCUGAUCAUUGUAACCAGCAAACCACUAUUAGUCAAACACUAUAGCAAGUCAAAUGUCCCAGUGCAUUGAAAGGCUGGUGUUGACCAUCUGUUGCUGCCACAUGCACUCCUGAGUCUAUCUAGGAGUUUCGAUAUGGGAAGAUGGAAACGGAGGAAACCGGCUCAGGCUAUGUGGGAGGAAGCAAUCUUCUCUUUCAAGAGUUGUGCAAGCUGUUUGAAUCUCCUUUUGUGGUCUCAUCAUGCAAAAUGUUAACAUUGUUAUCUGUUCAAUAUUCUGCUCUUUUUAACACUGAAACAAGCGGCUGGUUUUUAGUUACCAGGUUGUGCAGCAACACUUUUAAUUGAUUGUCAAAAAAAUAAUUAUUUUAAAUUGGCACCUUUCCUGCGGGGGUGCAGAGAGGUGGGGAAAUGCAACUUCUCGAAGGCUGUAGUCCCAGUUCUUUGAACUAGACAUUGUUCCUUAAAGUGCGGAAUUUCUCAGGCCAGUAACUUAAUGCAUUUCGAGAGAUAUUUCAAAGGAGGUAUGGAGGCUCCAGGACCAGAGGAGCUGUUAGCAGGCAGUGGAUUGCACUGGUUAAACUGUCUGUGUAGACAGUUCCGAUUUGACUUAACUAGUCCUUUAUCCAGGUAUCCUCUUGCUGCUGUCAGGUUAACUUGUUAGUGUGGAUAACUCCAGAUGAUCUGUUUACUCAAAGUACAAUCUACUCGUUUCAAAAUUGUGUAACUUGAAUUAUGUUGAUGAGAAUUGUACAUGAAUGCACUUGCCUCUUGUGCAAUUUUAUUUGACUUGCUUAAUUCAAACCAUCGGUUAAUUGAGACUUUCUUUCCAAGCAAAGUACAAACUUGAAUGACCAGAAGUAGACAGUAUUUGGAGUGUUCUGGCACAUACCUCACACUUGUGUUGAUUCUCGUCAUAUUUAACCAUUCUGUGCUGUAACUUUCAAAGGGCUUAAGGUAUUCUGUGGAAGAAGCUGACGGAGCAGCAGAGAGAGGGGGGAAAACGACUUAUUUGGGGAGUCGAGAAAGACACCACCUCAGCAGCAACAGCCAAAAAAAAGCAUUAAGACUGACGCAUUGCAUUGCUCAGGUUGCAAUGAAGGGAAAUUGGCUUGGGAAGCACUCUCCAGUGCUUGAAUCUAAAUUGAUCAUAGCCCCUUGUGUGUCUCUGCCAACUGUGGGCAUCAGGGACCAAAUAAGGCUUUGUUGACCGUGCUGAGAGCCCUGGAGAAUGGCUCAAAUUUGUUGGUGCAGUGCUGGUAAACUUAGAGGACGUGAUGCUCCUUCACCUCCUUUGCAACCCAGUCAGACAAGAUCUAUUUUCCAGGAGGCAGCUCUGUAAGAAUUGAAGAAAUGAAACAAUGAUUGUACAUUUCAUUAGCUGCAAUUGAUCUUCCACUUUAUUUUGUUAUUUCAGAAUACUCCUUAUAGCCUUAAGAAUUUUAAUUUAAAAUACAUUUUGUGGAAAAUCAUAAUUUGUUUGUAUUUUUCCCAGAUGCUUUGAAAUGCUCCUAUAAGGCCCUUCUGUUGUUCCUUUAUUAAAAGGUACAAAGAAGCUAAACAUCUACAGUGUUUGGAAAACAGACUUGGGAAGGAGUUGUAAUGUCUCCUGAUGAGCUGCUGCAAGUAAACAUUGUUACACAUUCUGACAGGCAGAGCAACUCAUCAAAUACCAUUCCAAAAUAUAGAUUAGUAUCACAUUCCAGUCAUGAAACAUGUUAUGAAACUGCCCAUACAAAAAAAACAAGCACUGGGAAUUACCUCUAAAGGAACAGGGGAGCUCAGCUCUUGUGAACAACUUUUGGUGUCUGUCUUGGAUGCUCUUUCUGUCUUAAGUGUUAUGUUUUCUGUUUGGGUUGACCUUUCCUCAUUGACCCUGUUGGGAGAGGCUGGGAACUACCUGAGGUAAAACGUAGAGUUUUUUUUUUAAGAAAGAGGGUUACGUAGCUGUUGACUGGUGAAGUACAAACCCAUUAUAGAUUCCUUAAUAGCUGGUUGUUUGGAACUUUGAUCACUGCUGUCAGAACUCAUACUUGAACAUGAUGAUUUAGCGAUACAGUGGAGCCUAUAAUAUCCAGUCACUUCAGGAAGAAGCCUGCCCCGAAUCUCCUUACAAUGCAGCUUUCAGGUGUAAUAAUAUUUGAAUGAGACAACAUUGCAGAUUUGUCUGAUUCUUCCUCCCUCUCUCAGUGGCUGUUUUGUCAGGACCAGCUUCCACUAAGUACUGUCCUAACUUUUUCUAACGGGACCUAAACCAGUGGGUUUGGCCUGGUUGCUUAGGCAGGAAGGCUUCUAUUUAAUCAAAGUGACUGGAGGAUUAGGUUUCACUAUCAAUGAGACUUCCUUUUGUUCGUUUUGCUCCGACCUUGAGCGUGUGAGUAAAAGCUGUGUUUUUACUCUUUGUGGUCUUGUAAAUAUAGCACACGUUCGCUUACUGAGCAUGAGUUUCUUAAUAAAAUUCUCAAAAUUCUAGACUAUAAUAAUUACAAAAAAAAAACAACCAAGUUUUGGUUUGUUUUCUUGUUUUACAACUGUUGCUGUUUGUGCUGCUUGUUCUGUAUCCACAGGGGAGGGUUCUCACGAGUUGGCCACAGUUUUGUUUUUGUAUAAAAUACAACUGUGGAAAUCAUUUUUUUUAAAAAAAAAAGAAUGGUUAAACAUGUCUGUCCUUUUUCUUGGUAAAGUAACCUUUUGUUCCUAUUUUCUUUUAAAAAUUGAGAAUUAAAUAGUUUUCUAUGUGCACUCCUGGCACCAGCCUGAGCUUACAUGCUGUCAACAUUCGAACAUUAUGGUAAGAGAUGGGGAAGUUUCUCUUUCUGAAUUAACCAUACGAGUAGGUUGCAAACCUUUGUGGUCAAUCCCAUUAUAGCACACUCUGGGGAAACUCUUGUCAAGUUUACCACCCAUUUGAUUUUUCUCUUGUUUCCUUUUAAACGACCUUUUGAUGGUUUGAUGAUUCAACCCUGAAUUCUGCAGUGACUUGUUUCCCUUUCUAAACGUUGUUUCAGCACUCCAAUCCAGAUGUAGACCAAUCUUCGACAGAUAGUUUUGCCUCUUGUCAAGCUAAGAUGAAUGGGUCUGUCCCGUGUCCAGCCAUUUGGACACCACUUCACCUGAUCAGCCUUCCACCUCAAGGCCUCUCAUUUCCAAGCAGUUAUUAGUAAUCAAGCCACACACAGCACAAUGUUUUCACUUUGUCCCAAAUCCCCUUCCCAUGAGGAAUCUGUUUCAGCAGUGUAUCUGAUUGAGAUACAGUUGAACUGCUGAUGUGUAACAUUGGUUGGGCAGGGGAGAGAAGAAAGAGUAAAAUUAUUUUGUUUUAAAGUGAGUGUGAUUGACCAUUACUUUUUAAAAUAUAUUUUGUGCUCAUUAAGUUGCAGAGUGCCAGCACUGGGGAAUAACGGAACACUACACCUCCCCCCAACAUGUUUUCACCCUAGUAGUAGGUCUGGGUCUCUUCAGUUGGGUACCACAUGGGGCUGUUAAAAGCUCUGUAGGCCACUUGCCCGAGAUGCACCUUAACCCCAAUCUCAGAAAGUCCUUGCUGAGUGUAGGUUUCCUGCCAUUAACUGCUCCUGCUGGGCCUUCAAUCUCAGCCGAGCCUUUCAGGCUAUUGGUCCGGGCUGGAUUUGAACCCCAAGCUUGAAGGGGUGGAAGGGCAGCUCCACUGGCCUUCACUGUAAAACAAAAAUGAGUUGAUCUGGUGUCUCCCCAUUCUCAAUUGUCCCACUUUUUUGGAUAUCAGCUUGGAAAGAGUGUUUGACUGCAGAUAGAUUGGACAGCACUCCGUAGCCGUACCCAACGUCAUGGCAACAGAUGCUGAUCAAGUUAGGGUUCAAUCAAAACUUAACCAUUUGGUGAUAAGAGGACAAUUAUUGUCAUUAAAAGUAUUAGUAAUCCGCCUCCCAUUAAAAGUCUCAUCCUUAAGCUAUCACCAAACUACAGUAAAACCUAACCAAGUUGACUGCUUUGGCAUGCUGGUCAGAAUGAUGCAGUCAGGCUCAUACAGGAUCUCAGCAUCAGGCACAUUUACACUUUACUCUUGGCACUACAGUUGACCCUAAGUAAAUUUGGGAGGGCGCAAGUUAAUUUAAAUUAGAGCUCUAUUAUCAUCUGGGUAUAAGCACAAUUUAAUUCAGGCACUACUUGCUACUGAAAACUUACUUGUUAUGUUUGAGAAUCUUAACAUAAAUGUGCCUGUCAACCUCCUGCGACUGGUCCGUAUUGUGCAAAGGUUUGGCAAGGGAGUAUCAUAAACUGGAAAGCUAAACUUCUGAAGUUCAGUCUUCACAAUGAGCUGUAAUAUCACCUUAGCCCGGUGAUAGCUGGUCCUAUAAUUGCUACCAAGAUUCAACAAGGGAGGAGCUUUAAGAACAUUGAUCAUUGUCUCCAUCCUUCAACAACUUUUUGGUCAGUGGGUCAAAUUAAUCUAUCUUGAAACUGAGGCGUAAGGGGUUGGGGGGGGGGGGGGGGGGGUAUAGAAGGUGAGCCUUGAAGCGCUUGAGGUUGCUGUUAGCUGAAUUACAAAGGUUGCACAAUUGGGCUCAACUACAGGAAUGCAAAGUGCACUCUGACAGGUGGAGUUACCAUUCAUAGGGGGUGAUGGCUGGUUAUUGUACAAGAAUGUUGCAAUUACAGAGACUGGGUUAGGAAUCAUAGGUCAUAUGCUGUGAACCAUACACAUUUCUGUGUGUAAAUAGAUUGAUUCUGAAUUUUUUAAUUUAACUGAUAUUGUUUACCUGUUUUAUUUGUGUCCAAGUUGUUUUUAGGUGGUGGGCAAAGGGAAGAAAAACCUGAAAUUAGUAACAGGAUGGAAGUUUCUAAAUCCCCUAUAGGUUAGGAAUCAGUGUCUAGCAUAACGGGAGGGUUUGCUGGUUAUACAGCAUGCUCAUCCUUACUUGCAACUAAGGGAGAAUUUAAGGUGCAAUUUCAAAAUGAAAAUACCUGCAUGUCCAAACAAAGGCUUCAAAGGAAUCUUUCUUACCCAUAAAUUAUCAUCACCCACUGAUCCACUAUCCCAGAAUAUCACUACACCUGAGGGAUACAUUGCUCAAAUGUGAGAUUUGAUUGGAGGGCAGAAGUAGGGAUACCUACUGCAGUGAAGCCAGGCCCUUCACUUUCCCUUCCAACUUGUAACUGCAAAGGAAUAUUCAAAGCCCUUGAGGCAUUCUUCCACUUAUAAUAAUCCCAGGGUUGUAAGUGGAUAGCAUUACACCAUAAUUCAUAUAGUGUUGAGUGUAGGUACCUGUACCCAUGCCUUUGCCAGCCUUUAUUUUAAUGCUACAGCUCUUAAAGUGCCCCCCUUGGAGCAAGCAUUUUGAGGAGCAUUCCAUCUGGUGGCCUGUUACUGUUGCAGUCCAACACACCAUGCCACGUCAGAACAGUUUGAGCACUUCUCCGAAGUUUUCAAAAGCCACACCAUGGUCAUGGAGCUACGGUGGUGAAAUAAAAUAUAUUUCUCUUCAUAGCAUUCACGCAUUGUGUUAAUAAAACCCACUUAGAUUCUUCAAUUCUGUGGGACUUGGGUAAGAAGCUCAACAUGAAGUUGCCAGUAUUAAUUACAGGAGUCUUUGGAAAGCUGGCUGUGGAGAUAUGAUGCGGAGCCUUUGUUUUGCAGGGAAAGGAGCUGGUGACAUGUCUGGAAGAAUCAGGACUUUGCAGGUAGAAUCCCAUUGCUCCUUGUGUCCCAAGGAGUGGGACACGUGGGGAAAAAUAGACAGCAGCCUCCUCAACUCCACUUUUUCUCCCAUUCUCACUCCAAAUUCAACUCUCAAAAGUUGAUCCGUUAUCUCGAGUGCUGAGUGAAGUGUGACAUUUAAGAAUCUUCAACUCAAUACUGUUUUUGCAUCUGCAAUGCUUGCUAGAAGUUGGAGGGUGCACCUAUGUAGAACUUCCAGUAUUACGGAGCUGUGGAUGAAACAAUUCAACAUAACACAGAAAAGGCUGGAAAUAUUGAGCAGUACAGGAAGCGUCUAUGGAAAGAGAGACAGACAGACAUCCAGAGCAAAUGUUUUGGUGGAUGGAAGAUUGAAUGUUAAUUCAUAGUUCUUUUUCCAUGGAAGCUGCCUGACCUGCUGAAUGUUUCUGUUUUUAUUUCUAUUUCUUAUUUUUCCAGCAUCUACAAUAUUUUGCUUUUGUGACAAUUCUGCCUGAUGACAUUUGGUGCUGCAUUUCUGCACGUGGCUUCUUGUUCAGCGUUGUCAGCAAUCCUUUCCCCCCCCCCCCAAAAAAAAAAGUAAAGAUCUGGUGUGGAUCCAUAGCCUGUUUAGAGAGUCUCUGGGUUGGCGUUUUGCAAAAGGACACAUUUGUUGAUUAGUCUCCUAUUGCAUCUAGCUCUAGAUUUGUAUUUGUGAUGGAGAUGUUUGUUUGGCUGGGAUUCACAUACAGGAGUUUAUGUUCUACAGCUGAUAGAAAAUCAUUUUCUCUGAUCUUAAUUUAUAAUGGUCAAUUGACACUGUCUUUGUUUGGUACUGUGACAUAAAGUGAGGGCCAGGGCUCAACUGGGCCCAGCUUUGCCAGCCCAAAAUCCUUGUAUUUGUUUUUUUUUCCCCCUUUUAAUCAGUUUGGGUAGGGUCUUCUGUUUGGAAGUAGAAACUGCAGGAUUGCACAGUCUUAUCAUUGUACUGUAGAAAUGUUGCAUUGUAAAAUUCCAAUUAAAACUGACAUUCUUUCUACA